AUGGACGGAAACGAUCUUCGACUUAUCUCUCCUGUUCUAAUUCUUCUUAUCGUCAGCAUAGUGUCUAUCUUUGGUAUCUUUGCUCUUGGGUACUACUGGGGCCCCGCCCUCAUUGCCCGCGCUCGGCUCUUCGUGGAGUCGAGUGCUUCUAACAUUUCCUUUACUUGCCGCGGCAAGUUGUACGGCGAACACGAUACCGUAUUGGAAAACCAACAACGAAGCCUCGCGUUCUGGAAGUCACUCUGGCUCGCAUACCAGGGAUGGCUCCGACGAAGGCGACAGUCGUUGACUGAAGCAGCUUCCACCACUAAGGACGCGAUUCUCCGCCUCCCUUCCUUUCUGCUUACCUCCUCUUCAGGCGCCGAACUCACUCUCCCGGAAGUGACCCCGCCCAACCCGGAAGUACUCACCAUUGACGAGACACGCAUCCCCAACCCGCGCUUCCUCAACAUCUACUGGGAACGCCGUGAAACACCGCAACUGCUGGUUAGCUUCACUGACGGCCUCAAGCGACUCUACCCCACAUGGGGGCGGCGCCUCCCCAGGUUUGCUGAAAUCGGCGAAAAUGAAGUGUCUGAACUGCCACCCCAGAAUCCGGCCUUUCUGAUGGCGAAGUCGUGGCUUGAUUGGAUGUGCGAAAUUUGGGAGGCGAAGGCCAGCGCGACGACCGACCGACCUUCGGAGCAGCAACACUCUGUCCACGUCGAGCAUCAAGCGCCUGCCACUCCUUCGAACUCCAUUAGCUCUCUGGAUUCUCUGUCCGUUCUGGACCCGGUUCAUCAUGUAUCCCCGUGGGUCAUCGAUGCUGCGAGGAAGGCGGCGUCCAAUCGUGCUCAGUCGCCCAGGAAGAGUGCCCUCAAGGCCCUUAGGCUCUCCACCACCUCAUUAAUUACUGGGCCGUCUGCGACGCCGAAGGCGAUUAGGAGGGCCACCCUCCCCCUUCCCGAUGGAUCUCCAGUUAUCAGGAAUGAGUUAGAGAAGAUGCUUGCGGACUACAAGCGCUUCUCGUUGCCGGCCGACUCCUCAGGUGCACCGGUCAACUGGGACAAGGACGUCGGGGCUGGUGGGUACGGGAAGAAGGGCAGAACGUUCACAAGGAAAUUCUACAAUCUCAGCAGGGGCAUCCACCGGAUCCCCGUGGUCGCCGACUACGUCGAGAUGGGAUGCAAGACUGCCGAGGAGGUCUAUGACAAGGGUAACGAGACUAUCUUCGCCGCGCCUUCAAGUCACACUAUAACGGAUUCUGCGUCCGACCUGGCCCCAGUUGAAGGAGAUGUCACUGUCCACAGCAACUCUGGUUCUCUCUGUAGCUGCAAGGACGGGCAGGAGCCUCAGGAAGAAGAUAUCACGGAGGCUUUCACUGAGCGAUCUCACACCGGGAUCGAGGACUCAGACGAUAGCGCUACUCUGAUAGGCAACACGUUUAUGAAAUUGGGGUCACGCUUCGGCUUUUCGAGCGUCUCCAGCGUCGACCUGGCCGACCUGCUCAAGGAUGACUCGUCGCCGCCUCUUCAGUACCCCAUCGUUCCUCUCCCCAAGGUCAAGAAGGUGAACGGCGUCCCCACUCAGCUGCCCGCCCCUCCGGAGAACCCUAUCUUGGAUACUGAGGUGACUGUGAUGCCUGCGGCACCCGAUGUGAUCGUGACACUUCCCAGUAACGAGCGGGUCCAAGUACUCGAGCCCGUCGCUGCACCUGUGAUCAUCACUACUCCGAGCAAGGUUCAAGAGGUCAAGCCUGUCAAACCUGCGUGUCCUCAUCCUAGCAGCACUGUCAAGCCCGCCGGUACGCGACCCCGGGGGAGGAGCGGGUCUGUCAAAGCAGCACCGAUAGUCGCGAAGUCUGUAGUAACCCGUUCCCGGACUGACUCCAUUCGCCAGGCAAACGAGGUCAAGCCCGCUGCACGCCACAGGAGCGGCAAUGUCAAAGCCCCUAUGGUCGUCGUGAAGCCCAUUGUUACUCGCCCUACUAAGCCCAUGGCUCCCAGCUCGAAGUCCAACCUCGUCAGUACCAGCAGUGUCCAGGCGAGCACCUCUGCCCGCGGUCGCGCUAGAAGCGGGUCAGUCAAGGUAAUUGUCAAAGAUGUUAGGGCUACGAAGCCUGUCGUUACCCGUCCGCGAAGUGGGACUGUCCAGUCUUUGGUCGCUGAGGUCCGGACGAACAAGCCUACUGUUAAGGUCCUGGUGCAGAAGGACGUAAAGGGGAAGGGUGCCUCUGGGAAGGAGAACAUUUCUGUUUCUUGGAGAUAG